AUGUACUAUUUCCUCUGCAUGCUGGCCAUCAGUGACCUGGUCCUGUCCACGUCCACCCUGCCCAAAAUGCUGAGCAUCUUCUGGUUCAAUUCCAGGGAGAUUGAUUUCAAUGCCUGCCUCACUCAGAUGUACUUCAUUCACUGCUUCUCGGUGAUGGAAUCUGGGAUCUUCGUGGCCAUGGCUUUUGAUCGCUAUGUGGCCAUCUGUGAUCCCCUGAGACAUUCCACCAUCCUGACGAACCGCAUGGUGGCGAAGAUUGGCCUGGCCGUGGUGCUGCGUGGCUGUUUACUUGUACUGCCAUAUCCCUUGCUGGCGAGUCGGUGGCCAUAUUGCAAGACCAACAUCAUCCCCCACACAUACUGCAAGCACAUCUCUGUGGUGAAUCUGGCCUGCGCCGACAUCCGUGCCAGUAGUUACUACAGCCUCUCUGUGACAUUCUUUGUGCCCAGUGUGGAUGUGUUUUUUAUUGCUCUGUCCUAUAUCCAGAUCCUCAGGGCCAUCUUCAGCCUGCCCACAAAGGACGCCCGGCUCAAGACAUUUGGGACCUGUGGCUCCCACCUCUGUUCCAUCUUAGUCAGUUACAUACCAGAUCUCUUCUCCUCCCUUACGCACCAUUUUGGCGAUGAAGUGCCCCUACAUUUUCUUGUUUUCAUUGCCAAUGUGCACCUCCUUGUGCCCCCUUUGGCACACCCCAUCAUCUAUGGGAUGAGGAUCAAACAGAUCUGGGACAG